AUGGCACGCCUGGGUUUUUGUGAGAUCACUCCACUGACAGUGUGCAGAAUGUCAUUUUGGAGGGACCAGAGGCAGAGAGACGAGCUUAGAGGCCACAUGACAGGAAACGGAGUUUCUGUUGGAUUCCGAGCUCCGCAGGUCCCAGGAAGACCCCGGGGACCGGACACGAGCUGCACUCCAACAUUUCGUCUCCCUCCUCUCCCCCACAGCCUCCUGAUGAAGAAGAGGAAGUUUCUUUACCACUUCAAAAACGUCCGCUGGGCUAAGGGUCGGCACGAGACCUACCUGUGCUAUGUGGUGAAGAGGCGCGACAGUGCCACCUCCUUCUCACUGGACUUCGGUCACCUCCGCAACACGUCCGGUUGCCACGUGGAAUUGCUCUUCCUCCGCUACAUCUCAGACUGGGACCUGGACCCCGGCAGGUGCUACCGGGUCACCUGGUUCACCUCCUGGAGCCCCUGCUACGACUGUGCCCGACAUGUGGCCGACUUUCUGAGAGGGUACCCCAACCUCAGCCUGAGGAUCUUCACCGCGCGUCUCUACUUCUGCGAGGACCGCAAGGCUGAGCCCGAGGGGCUGCGGCGGCUGCACCGCGCUGGGGUCCAGAUCGCCAUCAUGACCUUCAAAGAUUAUUUUUACUGCUGGAACACUUUUGUGCAAAAUCAUGAAGAAACGUUCAAGGCCUGGGAGGGGCUGCAUGAAAAUUCAGUUCGUCUGUCCAGGCAGCUUCGUCGCAUCCUUCUGCCCCUAUAUGAGGUUGAUGACUUACGAGAUGCAUUUCGUACUUUGGGACUCUGAUAGCAACCUCCA